UAAAUCAUGACACGACGGAGCGAAAAAAUAAGUCCACAAGAUUCAUAUGACUGGGCUCACUGUACACAUCGGAUAUCUUCGAUUUAUACGUAUUUCUUUAUAAGUUCUAUGACUUUUAUUGGAAUAGGACUUUACUUUUUCUCCAAAGAGUUUGUGGUUUCACCUGAUAAUUAUACCGAAUUAGAACGGAGCUACAGAUCAGAUUAUACCAACAAAACGGAAAUAUCAUAUGACGAGGCAAUUGCUGCAAUGAAUCCAUCUCAUCCGUUCCAUAAAUUUUUGUCUCGAAACUACAUUCGACACGCUUUUGGAACAGUUUUCUUCAAUCACUGUAAUGUGUUUCCAUAUCCAAAUACAACAAAUCUUCCAUCUUUACUUCGAAGGAUGACCUUUUCAUCUCUUACCCAAGCAUCCAUAAGAACAUCUGCAUUGAUUACUGUUCUUCUUAGAAUGGUAAUAAUACUAAUUCGCACAUCGGAUGUACUCCUUCAAAACCCAAGCAAAUGGAUUAAAAUCCGAUGUAUUGGAUGUGUCUGUACUUUGACUGAUUUGAUGGUUUCAAUUUUCGGAAUGUUCGUGACAUGUCUUCACCAUAGUGUUGAUAUGAAGGAUUUGGGAUUUUUGGUUUACUACUCUCUUCCAAUCUUUGGUGUUUCAUUCUUCAUUUGUGCAACGACGUACACUUAUUUAGAAUCGUAUGAUGUAAAUAGAAAGAACAGCCGAGUCCUGGAACGAGUAUUCUGCAUUGCACUUUUUGCAUUUUGUCUUCCCGUUGUAUGUAAAGAUUAUAUAUCAUUUCUUUACACGUACCCAUGUUUAUAUCACACGGAAUGGCCAGCGGCGAUUUGUGAGUACAUAUGCAUUAUCACUAUCAUUGUUUUCUACUUGACACAAAUUGAAGAUUUCACUAAUAUGGAAAUGGUUUUAUCAGUUGAAAGAGAGGAGACAAUGUGUUGUAUGGAUUUUAUUGACUUUCCGGAUUUCAAGCCUGCAAUGCUUCAUGAUUUCCAUGAACUAAUUGCUCGUCAGAAAGAAGCAGAAGAAGCAAAAUUGUACAAAUCACUCAUUUUUGUUUCUUGAUAAUUUCAGAUUCGUUUAGCUUGUUUGUUGUAGUUUUAGUUUUUCUAAUUAUAUGUAUGAUUUCGGGUAUUUUUUUUUUAAUUUAGUAAUUUUCCAACUCUAGUACAUUUGCUCAUUUCUCACCAAACAACAAUUGAUCUCCAAUUUUCAGUAAAUUAUUUUGUUCCAA